GGUCGAUGCAGGCGAGCAAACAGAGUUUAAAGAAUCCCUCUAUCGGCCUGGGCAGGCUAGUUUUUAGUGAGCCACAGAAAGAGGCGACGAAGGUGGACUCUGAGCUACAGUCGGUUGCUCUUUCUUGCGGUCCUCGAGCUACAUGAGUUGCUUUUCUAUGUUUCCUGACGGGGAUAUUACACUCGAUCAUCCCUCCCGAAGCGCACGAGCAAAGCAAGGCGCGGUUGCGCACCACCAAAACGCCGCAGUCUUAUAAUUAAAACGUUCUUCUGCUUCGUCUUCGCCGCCGAUGCUUCCUCUUUGACCAGGGAUCGAAGCGCAAACGAGUUUCCUCGGUCCCUCUCUCUCAUAAAUUUCCUAUUUCUGUUCUUCUUUUCGUAGCGCGUGGUAGGAAUCGUAUGAUUAUAGGGCAGUGUUCAUUUUUCAAUUCGCCGAGCACGGAGAUUUAAUCGAUAUUGUGGAGUAGAGGUGGGAAAAAUCUGGAGGCAAUGGAGAGAAUCUUCUCCGUGGAGGAAAUCCCCGAUCCACCCUGGCCCGGAGCGGGUCCCUCCGCCGCUACCGGUGGGAUGAACCGGAGCGCAUCGGAGUGGUGCUUCGAGAAAUUCUUGGAGGAGGCCACCGCCACUUCAGGGGCUUCCGAUCCUAAAUUUCAACCUGGCACCGGCGCUUCCGGCAUUGACUCGGGUGACGGGGCAAGAGAGGCCGAGAGCGAGGCGACUACCGCCGUAGAUGGAGAUGGAAAUUCCGUUGCGCGACCGACUGGGGCGGAUCCCGUGGAGUACGCUGCCUUGCUGAAGCAGAAGCUGGAUAUGUACUGCGCCGCCGUCGCCAUGUCGCGGGCUUCUAGUGCAAAUCCUGAGGAUUGUGUUCCAACAGCUAGCAGUAACACCAGAUCACCUACUUCAGAUACUUCACUGCAGGGAAAUCAAGCACCUGCAAAGUGUGUCCAAGUUAAGCCAGCUACCAGUGGGUCCUCAAGAGAGCCCUCUGAUGAGGAUGAAGUUGAAGGUGAAACAGAAAUAACAGAAAAUACAGUUCCUGCUGAUGCAAAACGGAUAAGGAGAAUGAUCUCUAACCGAGAAUCAGCGAAGCGCUCAAGACGAAGGAAGCAAGCACACUUAAGUGAGCUUGAAGCACAGGUUUCACAGUUAAGAGUUGAGAAUUCUGCCCUGCUGAAGCGACUUGCCGACAUCAAUCAAAAGUACAAUGAAGCUGCUGUCGACAAUAGGAUACUCAAAGCGAAUGUGGAGACUUUAAGAGCUAAGGUGAAGAUGGCAAAGGACAACGUAAAGCGGUUAACCGGGAUGACUCUGUCCUACUCAACCAUCUCAGACAUGUCCUCUUCCAGUGUACCCUUCUCCGAGAGACCAUCGGACUUAUCCAAUGCUGCUGUGACCGUUCAUGAUGACAAAAACCAAAUCUUCCAGACGCAGACACGGGACUUAGAUAUCAAUCCCCGUCUCCCUGAGAUUGUGUCUGCCAGUUCGGUUAAUGAUAUAGUUCAUGGUGGUGUAGCUGGGGGAAGGAUGCACAGAACUGCCACGAUGCAACGAGUAGCCAGCCUCGAGCACCUGCAGAAGCGGAUCUAUGGAGGGGGAGAAAACUCUUGCACAUUGGCUGUCAAUAACAGAACUGCCGAUAACUAAAACACUUUCUCUUGUGUUCGAUGGCUUGCCUUUGUAUUUCAAUUCGAUGGAUCGAUCGAAAUUUCUCCAGCAGUUAUCGGUGACCAUGAAGAAACUUCACAUGAACAUUGCUCCUCUUUCAAAUCUUGUCGAUGCCAAAUUAUGUUAAUCCCAACAAUUUUGAGUCAGUUAAGAUUUUAUAUCA